GGCACUUCUACCUGAAAGCGGAACGCUACCACUCGCGCGAGGCCAUGCGCGAGGCAGCUAUGCUCUACAUGGAGGAGAAGACCGACCCCGUGGACGCCGAGGGGAAUGACUCGGCCCCCAUGGGCGCGGAGCAGCGACCCCUCGCGCUGGACGCGAGGCACAAGCACGAGAGGGCCCUGCUGGACCUGCUGCUCGGCUGGAUGCCUCUGCCCGCCGCGUCUGGAGAACGGGCUGCUGAAGCGAGGCAAGGAGACGGCCUGCCGUUUGCGGCGGGCGGCCAGGUCAAGACGACGGGCUCGCAGCCCGCGAUGUUCACCACGGCGCGUGACAACCAGGUUACCGUGCACGAGUUCGAAGUUGUUUAUGAGAGCUGCGUACUCGUCGCGGUGAUCUUCUCAGCAGGCAACGUGACCAGCAGCGGCUGCAGUGCCGUUCUGGACGACGACGGCAGCUACGUUGAGGACAAAAGAGCGGCCAGCGGCUGGCUGUGCACAAGCGAAACAACAUCUAACGAGCUCGGGGUCGACAUCGUCGACCCCGACGUGCGCGGCGACAUGGGGGCCACGGCGCUGCCCGUCGAGAGCGAGGGGGUGAAGGAGGAGGAGCCGACCGCGAUGGUCGAGCUCGGUGAGGGCGAGCCGACCGACACUUACGGCUACACGGUGAG